AUGUUCAAGGUAAUUCAGAGAUCCAUGGGACCGGUCAGCCUGAGUCUGCUCACCUUCAAAGUCUAUGCGUCAUCAAAGAAGCUUUCACUCUACUCAGUUCCGGAAGGUCAAUCUAAGUAUGUGGAAGAGCCAAGGACCCUACUUGAAGAAAACAUCUCACAACUCCGGCACUUUUGCGAGCCAUAUACAACUUGGUGUCAGGAAAAGUACUUCUACACUAAGCCCAAGAUGCAAAGUAUUGCUCAGUGGGGGAUAAAGAAGUUGGUAUAUCCACCUGCUUUCAUGGGAUUAGCUGCCUCUAUCUAUUAUCCACAACAAGCCAUCAGCUUUGCCCAGGUCACCGGGGAAAUAUUAUAUGACUGGGGUUUGAGAGGAUACAUAGUCAUAGAAGAUUUGUGGAAGAACUUUCAAAAGUUUACGUACGUGUAUAGUUUAAAACACUGUGAUUGA